AUUUGUGUUCGGACUUCUAGGAAAGCAAAUUUUCCUUCUCUCUGUCUCUGCUUCAAACCCUAGCUCGCCUCCCAAAACGCAAUUCCACCGUCAUGGCUAAGAAGCGAAAGCUUCGAUCAUCUGAGCCCGAAUCUGCCAAGACCUCCGAUUCACAACCUGCGCAACAAGAACAACCCCAAGAAGAGCAAAUCCACGAGGAAGUUAGAGUGGACGAACAACCAAACCCCGAAGCAACCCUAGAAGAAGAGCACCAGGGACCCGACACGAUGGCCGUGGACGAUGAUACGCAUCAGGAGGAGGUAAAAUUGGAAGAAAGCGCGGAUGUAAGUGUACCUCCAGAAGUUCACGCUGAAGAGCAGGAUAGCGAGCACCCCGAAACGGCGGAAGGUGUAGCCGAUGCUGCCCCAUCUGAAUCAGCUCAGGUUGAUGCGAAUGGAGCUGAGGAAGGCAACGAUAACGAUGAUGAAGUUGAGGUUUUGGACGAAGAGGAGCCUUUAGAGAAGCUUCUUGAGCCUUUUACGAAGGAGCAGCUCUACACUCUUGUAAAGCAAGCUGCGGAGAAGUACCCGGAUUUUAUCGACAACGUCCGUCAGCUGGCGGACGUGGACCCUGCCCACCGAAAAAUCUUCAUCCACGGUCUUGGCUGGGACACCACUGCUGAAACACUCACGAGUGUUUUUGGGAAGUAUGGUGAGAUUGAGGAUUGCAAGGCUGUCAUCGAUAGGGUCUCUGGGAAAUCAAAAGGUUAUGCCUUCAUCCUGUUCAAGCACCGAAGUGGGGCUCGGAAGGCGCUGAAACAGCCCCAGAAAAAGAUUGGGAACCGAACCACAUCGUGUCAAUUGGCAUCCGCGGGACCAGUCCCAUCGCCUGCUGCAGUGGCCCCACCGGUGUCCGAGUAUACACAAAGGAAGAUCUUUGUUAGCAAUGUAAGUGCAGACCUCGAUCCCCAAAAAUUGCUUGAGUUCUUUGGUCAAUUUGGGGAGAUAGAGGAUGGUCCUCUGGGUCUUGAUAAACAUACGGGUAAGCCAAAGGGAUUUGCACUGUUUGUAUACAAGUCAGUAGAGAGCGCAAAGAAGGCUUUAGAAGAACCGCACAAAAACUUUGAAGGGCAUACAUUGUAUUGUCAGAAGGCUGUUGAUGGUCCUAAGGGAAACAAGGGAUAUCAGCAUCACCAGCAGCAGCAGCAGCAUUCUCAUCAUCAUCAACCUCAUUAUCAGCCAAGAAAGGAUAAGAAUAAGUAUCAGCCUAGCGGUCAUGGACCAGGGCCUGGACACCUGAUGGCACCCUCAGCUCCUUCCGUAGGUUUCAAUCCUGGAGUGGCUGCACAGGGGCUAAAUCCGGCACUUGGGCAGGCCUUGACUGCUUUGCUUACUACUCAAGGCGCUGGGCUAGGGCUGGGUAACCUGCUUGGAGGUCUUGGUGGUGCACCCGCAAACCAGGCUGGGCCUCCUGCUGGAUAUGUCAACCAGCCUGCUGUGGGCUACGGGAACCAACCGGGAAUGCAAGGGGGAUACCAAAAUCCACAAAUGGGGCAGAGCAGUGGUGUUAGGCCUCAUCCUGGCCCUGGCGCUCCUUAUAUGGGUCAUUAGUUUGGAGCAAAUAGAACAUGUAAAUCUAUUUUUGCAGUACCAUUGGUAUGGCUUUCAUAACUUUACUGUUGUAUCUGCCUUUCUAAUGGAUAUUUUUAAUGAAAUUACUCUCUUUAUGCUUUAUGUAUUCAUUGUGCAGAUACCCUCAUAGAUGCAUCAAUCAUUUAGUUUUGGACUCUGCUGAUUCUUCUGAAGUUCCCAGCACUAUUCAAAUGCAUCCUUUAAAUUUGUAAUGAACCAUUACCAUUUGAUCUCUAAAAGAACCAGAUUCUGAAACUUGUAUUUUCUUUUAUAUCAAGUACAUUUUCCCUGUGACAAGUUUUUUUAAGCAAUGUAGCACCUCUAUUUUGAAAUGUUGUUGAGGUCCUGAGGAUCAGGUUGAAUUUUGGGGCAGA